AUGCUCAGUAACAGAGAUACUGAAUUAUCGUCAGUGGAUUCAGAUAUGAGUGAAUUAACAAAGAAAUCAAAUAAUCUUCUAAACUCUUCAAAACUUCAUGAGAUGGUGGAAUACAAUAACAACAGUGAUUAUAAACAAAUGAAUAAACUUGUUGAAAAGUUAACAAAAGAAAAUGCCUAUUUACUGCAUAGUCAAACAAAAGCUUUAAGUGAAUUGAAUAAAUUACGAGCGUAUAUUGAACUAGGCAGAGCUGAUGAGAUGUAUGCCCAGAAAACAGAUACCAGAGAACCAUCAACACAUAAGUAUAUAUGUGAGACUGAAUUAUUAGAAAAGUUGAAAUGUCUAGAGAAUAAGAAUUUUCAAUUAAAUCAUGAACUUGAACAAGCCAACAUUUCGAUACGCAGUUUACAGACAGUUUUAGAAAUUCAAGAGAAACAGUUAUUUGGCAAAAGUGAUGAUAAAAUAUCAAAUGCUGAUAAUAAUAAAUCAGAAAAAGUCGAGAAAUUACUUUCUGCAUGGCGUAAACACGUUUUACGCUUACUCAUUGAAGUAGAAAAUCUUAAAACUGAUAAAUUGCACACUGUAGCCAAAUCACAACGGGAUUGUGAAAAAUUAUCUUCAGAUGUUGAGUCAUUGAAAGCGAAUUUUGAAGCCAAUGAAUUUAAGCUGAAGGCUAGUAGUGCUGCACUGGAUAUUGAAAUGAAUAAAAGACAGGGACUCGAGAAGGAUUUAGAAAACUUACAAUCAGAGUUGUCAAGAGCUCAGUCAGAUUAG